AUGGCUUCCAAGAUUUGGAAUUUAUUUCCAGCCACGUCGACACCUUUCUUUCCGGAAAUGAUGCCACGUGAUCUAUUUUUGGCGCUUCUUCGACAUCUACAUUUCAACUCAAGUGAGAUUCAUGAUGACAGGCUGCACAAAAUACAUCCUAUCGUUGACGAAGUGGCUGAAUAUUUCAGAACAGUGUAUGUCCCCACACAGGACAUUUGUAUGGACGAGAGUUUGUGGAAAUUCAAGGGAAGGCUCCGAUUCAAACAAUACUACCCGACCGAACAUGCCUGCUUUGGAAUGAAGGUUUAUAAAGUAUGCCAGUCAACUAACAGAGCCUGUGGGUGCACGUGGAAUUACAAAAUCUACACUGGUCAGGACAGAUUGGAUCUUCCAGCGUCUACUCAAGCAUCAACUGAUGUGUUGUCGCUGAAUGAAAACUUGUUUGACAAAGGCUACAAUAUUUAUAUGGACAACUAG